UUAUGGAACGAAAAUGAAUACUUGACAAAAAAUGAUAACAAGAUACGUACGAGAAAUUUUUAAAAAUUCGCUUUUAAGUAUUAUUUUCAUCAAGUUUUAAUCUAGAAAAUUUAUAAAGAUGACUCUUAGCGCAGGGACAUCUUUCGGUGGUGGUUUGUUUGGCAAUAAAACAACAACAUCGACUUUUGGCAUACCUACAAUAACUACUACUUCAGCGUUUUCAUUUGGUGCAGUAAAAACUACCGCAACAGCAGGUUUUGGACUGUCAACAAAGACAACAUCGUCAGGUCUUUUCGGCAGUGGAGGAACUGGUUCUCUAUUCUCAGGCGUUGGUACAUCUGCAAAUAAGGGGUUUGGAGGUUUUGGUUCAUUGGCAACUUCCUCUGCUAACAGUAAACCAUUUGGUGGGUUUGGGGGUCUUGGUUCAAACACUUUGUCCUCUUCAAAAGGAUUUGGAGGAUUUGGUACAUCAUCCAAUAGUCUAGGAGCAGCAUCAGGAAACAGCUUACAGGCACCAGAUUCUAAUGAUUUAACUGCCUUAUUAUCUGCUGUCUCUGUACCCAAAGUAUUUGAAGAUGAUCGAGACACAAUUAUGGCAAAGUUUAAUCAAAUUCAGGCAUUCCUUGGUGUUGGUCAAGGUUAUUUUAACAAGAUUUCGAAUCCAAUUAAUUUUACUAUGGAAAAUCCUUUCUGUAAAUUUAAGUCAGUUGGAUACAGUUGCAAACCGUCUGAACCUGAUUCAGCUGGAUUAGUUGCUCUAACUAUAAAUAAAAAAGACCAGGAAGUGAAAAGCCAACAACAGCACCUUGUGGAAGCAUUACAAAAAUUAUUUGGCAACAAACCAAACCUGGCUGUUUUUGUUGAAGUUGUAAAACCUUUACCAGAGAACAAAACUGAAGUUGUGAUUUAUUUAAUGGAACGUGAUGCCAUGGGUAAUUCUCGACGGUUUUCCUCUUCAGAGGUUUCAAACUUCUUAAAUCAAGCAAAUCUAAGGACUCAAUUAACUUCUCUCGGAGUAUCAAAAGUUGUAGCAAAAGCUGAUUUGACAGAGGAGCAAUUGAUUGUAUAUCUAAAUAAUCCACCUUCAGGUAUUCAUCCUAUUUUAUGGGAACAAGCUCGUAAAGACAACCCUAGCCCUCAAAGACUUGUUCCGGUUCCUAUUCUUGGAUUUGAACAACUACAAGGUAGAAUAAAAUUUCAACAACAAGAAACAACUUUGCAUCAAAAUGCUUUAGAGAUUUUAUCAGAUGAUAUAACCAUGUUACAACAAAAACAUACGGAAACUUUAACGAAAUUAACGGAAUAUAAACGAAGAUUUCUUGAUCUUAGUCAUAGAGUUUUGAAGGUUAUAUCAAAACAAGAAGUAAAACGAAAGUCAGGUUGUUCUAUUCAGCUAGAUGAAGAAGAUUUGAGAAUUCAGUUUGAGACGCAGUUAACUUCUUUGAAUGGACCAACUCACUUUAAGGGUCGUCUAAAUGAACUUGUUGCACAAUUGCGUCUUCAACAGCAGGCAAUGGGAAAUUCAUUUGAUGGUCGUUUUUCUUUGGAGAAGUCCGUUCAGUUGGAUUUAAAACAGCAUCUUGAGAAGCAGCAGGAAGGUUUAAUGCAUCUUACUGGUGUUAUACGGCAGGAUUUUGAGGAUCUGAAGUUAAUUGAACAAGGUCUGCAUGAACCUAUACCUAGAAGAUGAUAAAGCUAUCAGACACUAAAGGCAUUCGUAAUUUUGUCUCUUUGGCGUUUUGUAAUAUAUAUUCUUCGGAGUAUUCGCUAAAUUUUCACUUACGAAAACAUUUCACGCUACUUGCGUAAAACAUCUCAGUGAAAGUUUAUCAAAAAAGUCGAUUCAUGAGUUUAUUUCGUAAGUGAAAACAUGACCCAAAGUAGCACUUUAUUCUUGGCUUUUAUGAUUGUUAUUUGAGGCCAAAAUUGUCAUUAAUAUCAUAUUUCUGUAUUCAAUUACGAAAGACAGUUCGCUGAAGCCAUGUCUUAUAUAUAACUAUUUAUAUUGAUACCGGUUACGACAAAAUGUUUCCUUUGUAGAUUGCAUAUAUAUCAUACUUUAGUACGAAAAAGGUUGCUUUUGAUGUUGU